AUGGGCUCUCCGCGGCCUCCGUCAGUGAACAUGGAAGAGCCAAUGUGCCUGAUUGAGAACAACCCCAAUGAACAGCUGCGGGUCAACCAGGAAGCCCUGAAGAUCUUGCAGAGCAUCCAGCAGCCGGUGGUGGUGGUGGCCAUCGUAGGACUGUACCGCACUGGUAAAUCCUACCUCAUGAACAAGUUGGCAGGAAAGAAGAAAGGUGAGUCUGCAGGAAGAAUCUGCUCUGUGCUCCUGAGUAGAGACUGGGGUGCUGAAUGGGAACAUUCACACCACGCCAGAGUUCCCUGAGAAGAGGGAUUGAUUGGAGGGGAAUAAGGAGGCCUCCUCUCAGCUCCCUUAACAAACUACAGGUCCCAGUUUUCUUUGGGGAAAGCCAUGACUGGCAUCAUAGCAGUUCAAGCAUAGAGUGUGAAUGUGGUCAAUGAGAAGGGGGCAGUUAUAGUAUGAAGUCCCUUAAUAAUGGGUUGUACCAAACUAAGUGCUCAGAGUUAUGGAUGGAUUGAUGGAUCUCUCUCUUUCAGUUCUUGCAAUUUCUCAUCUCUCCAGGCUAAAAUUCAGUUCCCUAUAUUUCUGAAGCAAUUUGCAAAUAAGUAAAAUAAAAUAAAAUCCCCAUCAGCUUUUCUCCUAAUAAAAGGUUUUCAAGGGUCUCGGAAGCCAAACGUUUCAGUUUUUGAACGCCGAAAACUCAGAAGUAAAUGCUUCUGUUUUUGAACGUGCCUCAGAAGUUGAACUUCUGAGGCGGCUUCCUGUUUGAGUUUUCCAUACGUUUUGAGGCUUCCAUAUUGAGUUUUUGGUUUUCGAACAUUUCGGAACGUUUCUGGUCUUCCGGAAUUGAUUACGUUCAGAAACCGAGGAACCACUGUAAAGACCUUUUUGUAUGCAAUUUUGCCCAACAUUUUUGGAAAGCUGUUAUUUUCCCUAAAAUAUGCAUUGCCAUGCACAAUUUACCCUAAUGUAUGGAUUUUUGUGCACAUUGCUCUGCUGGACAGCUACGUUUCAAAAUCUGGAGAAGUGUGGAUUUCAGAGGACGGCUGGGUUUUCAGUAAACACAUUGUUUUGUAAAGCAUGGAUAUGGUUGGCUUGCCUUUGCAAGCGAACUUAACUGAACUUUCCCCCCAUCCUCAUUCAGAACAGACACAGUGAAAUUCAUGAGGUUAGUCAUGCCCAGUAACUUCAUUGGGUCCACUUUGAGUUGGGCUAGCAGUGCAUACACAUCAUAUCCCUGUCUCAAGUGCAUGUGCAAAACUGUUCUAAAAAGGCUAAAAUAGAGCUGAUUUGUAGAGGGUCAAUGUGGACCUUAAAAAAGGAAAUAGCAAGAGGCCAGAACAGUAGUACAACAGGCCAUCUGCUCUUCAGCUACUUGCUGGCUAUAGGUUUUUGGUCUGCGUUCCCUGCAAAUGGAAAUACUUCAUUCACUCCUUCUGAUCUUUUGAACCUGUUCCAUCCUCCCUUCUGUGCUGGAGCAGUCAUCCAACCCACUUUAUGGGCAAUUAAGUGGCUGACAAGAGCCCCAAGGUUCCUUUUACAACCAGGCUAUUGCUGCAGUUUGUAGUUAUGGUGCUUCUUUGCAUGUGCAGGGGAUAUAACAACAAGAACAACUAAUUUAUUACUUAUACCCCACUUAUCUGGCCAGGCCUCCCCAGCCACUCUGGGCAGCUCCCAAAAGAAUAUUAAAAACACAAUAAAACAUCAAACAUUAAAAACUUCCCUAAACAGGGCUGCCUUCUGAGGUCUUCUAAAAGUCAGUUGUUUAUUUCCUUGACAUCUGAUGGGAGGGCGUUCCACAGGGCGGGUGCCACUACCGAGAAGGCCCUAUGCCUGGUUCCCUGUAACCUUACUUCCUGCAGGGAGGGAACCGCCAGAAGGCCCUCAAAGUUGGACCUCAGUGUCUGGGCUGAACAAUUGGGGUAGAGACACUCCUUCAGGUAUACUGGGCUAUUCCUUUCAUGCUGGCUUGGAAAAGAACAUAAGUAUUUGGCCAAGCCGCUAGAAGAUAAGAUGUUCACCCACCUGGUGCCAUGCAGAUGUUUUUGACUACAACUCUGGAUUAGGCUGAUGGAAGUUGUGGUCCAAAGCAUCUUCACCGAGUUGGUGAUGGAUGCUCCAUAGGUGCCUACUUGUUUGCAAAGGGUGGAAGCCCUUCAUUUUAAGAAUUGGAGUGAGUACUAUUGAGAGUUGAAGAACAACACCUCCACCCACAACAAACACACAGGUGAUCCCCUAAUAUCUGAUCUCCUUCCCCUUUGUACCCUACAGGCUUCUCUCUGGGUGCCACCAUACAAGCAGAGACCAUGGGCAUCUGGAUGUGGUGCCUUCCUCACCCUGAAAAUCCUGACCACACCUUGGUGCUUUUGGACACGGAAGGACUGGGUGAUGUGGAGAAGGUAGGCUGGAGGACAGGGCUGGAGCCAGUGUGAUGCAGUGGUUAGGGUGUUGGGCUGAGACUUGGGAGGCCAGGGUUUGAAUCCCCACUCAGCCACAAAGCUUGCUGGGUGGACUUGGGCCAGUCACUGCCUUUCAGCCUAAUCUACCUCACAGGGUUGUUGUGGGGAGAAAUGUGUCACACUUAAUGAGAUCCCUGUGACAUCAUAGGUCUCAGGUUUUGGCCUUGAAAUCUCAGGCUCCUGAGCUGGCAGUCCUAAGAGCUAGGCUAAUCUGGAACACUCCCAAAGCUUUUGGACGUGGAGUGGCUGGGCGAUGUGCAAACAUCUGGAAGUAGGGAGUUGAUGCCUUGAAGAGUUUUCUUUUUUAAAAUGAUAAUAAUUUUUAAAUUCAUUUUUAGCUUUAACGAUUAGCAUCACAAAUAAAUCAUAUACAUAUAGGAUUCUCUGAAUCCCCGGACUUCCCUCCACCUCUCCACGGUUUCCAUAGUUAUUCUUUUCCAACUGUAUCAAAUAAUGUUCUCCGUAUUUUCUUUAACCUCAAUUCUCACCAUAGUUCUCAUUACACUGCAAGUGGUUUUUUUUUAUCCCUGCCAAUGCUUUUAAUUGUUUACAGUGAUAUUUUAAGUAACUUAUAAAUUUCCCCCAUUCUUUAUCAAAUUUAUUAUCCUCUUGAACUCUGACCUUCCCGGUCAUUUUUGCCAUCAUUUUUGUCAGCCAUUCUUCUCUUGUAGGUACUUUGUCUUCCUUCCAUCUUUGGGAUAAUAACAUCCACACAGCUGUUGUAGCGUACAUAAACAGUCUUUUCUGCUCCUUUGGUAUAUCCGGACCUAAGAUUCCUAAUAAAAAAGCUUCUGUUUUUCCCCACAAAAGUUAUUUUAAACAUUUUUUUCAACUCAUUAUAAGUCAUUUGCCUAGGAUGGUUUUCUAUGCAGUCCUUACAUACAACAGGAAAACUAGACUAAGAGCAGCCCCAGAGCUCCUGAAAGUCACCACAGUCUGAGGCAGUGGGAACAGAAAAUACCCACCAAAGCAGUAUCUCUAACUCUAGUGAAUGCAACAACUCUAGGUUGCUGAUAUCAGGAAGGCACCAUCAUUGUACUCUUUCCUGCAAGAAAUGUAAACUUUUUUUUAGGUAAACCUAGCAUAGAUGUUGAUAUGCUUUUAAUCUCUCUUACUGUAGAUUUCUUAAAAUUAAAAAAUCGCAUUGCCGGGAGUUGGACUAUAUGACUCCUGGGGUACCCUCCAACCCUACAACUCUACAAUUCUGUGAUUCUAUGUUUUCCAUUGUUUUUAGCUUUUUAAAUUGAUGUCGUUUACAAAUUUAUUGCAAACCUCUUACAGGCUUUGCCGCAAUCGAGCGGUCUAUAAAUGGCGUCAGAUGCAAAUAAAUAAAACAGGUGCAAGCCCAGUGUACAAGGGUUUUCUGCUAAUUACGCCUAUCCCUCCCUACAGAGCAACAUUGAGAACGACGCGUGGAUCUUUGCCUUGUCCAUUCUGCUUAGCAGCACCUUGGUCUACAACAGCAUGGGUAUCAUUGACCAGUUUGCCUUGGAAAAACUGCAGUAUCCUUCCGUGCAAACUCCAUUUCACCUCCAGCUCCCUGAUUUGCAGCCAGAGUAGAUGGGGCAGGGACUUUGGUUUGCAUGGUAUCUCCAUGAACAUUAUGGGAUCUCCCCCAUGCACUUCUUUGCAGGAUACUAGAUGGAGCUCGCAAGCCUGCAGUGCCACCGUUCUCUCUGGACUCUUGUGUUAGGAAAACAUGCUUUAAGAAACAGAUAAAGGUUCCUGGAAGCUUUAAAGAGGGUUCCAGAAUUUUCUUUAGUGUGUAGGAGUGGCGCUCUAGGCUUGAUUGGUGUCAGCUGGAGGUGCAAAUAAAUAAUAAUAAUAAUAAAAAUUAUUUAUACCCCGCAUCCCCAAUAAAGGGAGGAAGCUGCAGGCUGCAACUUCCGCACGAGGAAAGUACACACACACACACACUGUCAGCACGCACGCUGACCACAAGGUUGGAAGUAGGACUAUGCGCUGCUGAUACUAUGAGUUUUUGCUGUGUCAGGAUUGUUAAUUACUGAGAUUAUACCGUGCUGGAGAGAUAAGGAAGGAAUGUAAAUAGCUUGUAUAUAAUAGUAACAGAAAUGCUUGUGCAAUCAGUGAAGCAACAAAGAAGCUCUUGACUGUGAAUUUGAGUAUGACUCCUGUUCUUGUCCUCUGCCUCCGGGGAAAACUCUGCUACAAACAGUAAGAAGUGGUUUUACCGAGGUGCCACCACACAAGCAGAAAAGCGCAGCAGAAGUGUGUGGGCGGUAGCCUCUAAUAGUGUUAUCUAAGUUAUUUAACUGAGAGAUUAUUGCCCCAGGAGGGGACAAGAGUCAUCUCCAUACAUUCCUUAGUGUAAUCCCAGGUAUGUGACAGAGCUGACUAAGCGAAUCAAGGUAAAAGCUACAGCCACAAAGACCUCUGAGGAUGGAGAGGAGGAAAACAGUGAUGACUUCCUCAGGUUCUUCCCAGCCUUCGUUUGGGCUGUGCGUGAUUUCACGCUGCAGCUGAAGCUGAACGGAUGCCCCAUCUCUUCCGACGCAUAUCUGGAGAACGCCUUGAGGAGGAAGAAAGGUACGGGAAAGAGGGCUGAUGGGAUCCCACCCAGGCCUUGCGUCAGCAAUCUGAGGCUGUGACAGGGACUGACUCUAUCGGGGCGGGGAACCUUUAUCCUUCAAGGGGCUGCAUUCCCUUCUGAGCAACCUUACGGGGGCCACAGGGCAGAGGAAGGUGGAGCAACAGCUGUAGAACUGACCUUAGUACAGCAGGUCAGCAUAUUCCUCACCCAGGCAAGCAAAAAGCCUUAUCAGAGUUCAGGGACACAGUUCAGCCAGGCAAAAACUCUCAAGGAGGCUGCAAGGCAAAGCCAUUGAGGUUUGUAGCCUGAAGAGAAGGGGUGUGGACUGGGGAGAGUCCUGAGGACUACCCAGAGAGACCUGCAGGGCUGUUUUUGGCCCACAGGCCUGAGAUUCCCCAUCCCUGAACGACAUUCUUGUUAGCUUUUUAUAACAUCCGUGUCAGUGGGAAGUCCAAAUUCUACAGACAAUGAUGAAAAAUGGGAGAGACUCUUUCUGUGAAAUGGGGCCUUUGAACAUAAGAAUCCCAAAAAAGCCCUGCUGGCAGGCAAGAACUGUGUACGGUCCCCAAUUCUGUCAUUUUCUGGGUUAAUGGGGUUGCAAACAGAUGUUUGUUUCUGGAAGCAAUUAACGUGGAAAUGAGUGCUAAACCUCUUGUAUAUUCUGCUAGAUUUCUGGAGGUAAUCAUAAUCAUAAUAAUUACUAUUAGUAUUAUUUCCCCAGCCACUCUGGGCAGCUCCAAACAGAAUAUUAAAAACACAAUAAAACAUCAAACAUUAAAAACUUCCCUAAGGGCUGCCUUCAGGUGUCUUCUAAAAGUCAGACAGUUGUUUAUUUCCUUGACAUCUGGUGGGAGGGCGUUCCACAGGGCGGGUGCCACUACCGAAAAGGCCCUCUGCCUGGUUCUCUGUAAGCUCACAUCUCGCAGUGAGGGAUCCGCCAGAAGACACUCGGUGCUGGACCUCAGCUUCUGGGCAGAACGAUGGGGGUGGAGACACUCCUUCAGGUGUACUGGGCCAAGGCCAUUUAGGGCUUUAAAGGUCAGCAAAAACACUGAAUCGUGCUCGGAAACAUACUGGGAGCCAAUGUAGGUUUUUCAGGACCAGUGUUAUAUGGUCUCGGCAACCACUCCCAGUCAACAGUCUGGCUGUCGCAUUCUGGAUUAGUUGUAGUUUCCGGGUCACCUUCAAAGGUAGCCCCACAUAGAGCACAUUGAGGUGGCUUUUACAUUGUAUGAAAGCUCAAAUAUAAUGCGGAUACAUGAGGGAAACAGAAUGAACUGCUGAUGUGGUCUUUCAGGACUACAUCACUUAGGAUUGCAUAUGGGGGACUGUUUACUUGAAAGCACAUCCUUGACAGAAUCUGCUGGCAAAAUGAACAGGAAAACAGGAUGAGCUAGAAUUUUCCUCCCUGGUUCGUCAGCUUUCUGCACGUGGGAGGAUUUUGGCAUAGGGGUGUUUUCACCAAAGCCAUUACAAAUGCGCAUUCCAAAAUGCUGUUGACAUGAAGGAUUGCACCGCUUGGCCAGCUGAAUUUGAUCUGAGGCAGGCAUGACAUCUAGAGCAAAGAUGGAAUGCCGCAGCCCAGAAAGACUGAUGGCUUUGAACUUUCUUGCAAUUCUCCCUCUCCAGGACAACCCGAGAAGCUAGAUCUUGCCAAGAAAUGCAUCCGCCAAUACUUCCCCAGCCGCAAGUGCUUUGUCUUUGACCGCCCGGCCGGAAGCCGAGACUUAUCGGAACUGGACGACCUGUCUGAAAAGAUGCUAAGCCCCAACUUUGUGGUGCAAGCGCACCGCUUCCGCCAGCACAUAUAUGAAAGUGCUCAGCCCAAAAUGAUCGAAGGAGGACACCUGGUGACCGGGAUAUGUGAGUAGAAGGGAAGGGACCAGAAAAAAUGGAUGUGUUUAGCAAAGUCACUUAAGUAACACAGACGGAGUCCAGAGGGAGAAAAGGAAUCGUUGUAACACUUCACAGGAGAGAGGGGAAAGUCCCAUUUCACAAGUAGAAAUCCCUGACAGAUACCCACAACUUAAUAUAAUUGAUAUAGGAAUACAGCAUGUCUCACCAUAGAAACGCAAGUAGCUAGCUAAAAUAAAUAAACUGGCUUUCUUCCCUCCCUUUGCAGUGCUGGGGCACUUGGUGGUGACCUACGUGGAUACAAUCUCCAGUGGCUCCAUACCCUGCAUAGAGAACGCGGUGGUAGCCUUGGCGCAGAUUGAGAACACAGCUGCUGUGCAUGAUGCCAUUACAUACUAUGAAGCAGAGAUAGAGAAACACUUGAAGCUGCCCACUGAGACUACUGAGGAGCUGCUGAAAGUGCACGCCCAAUACGAGAAGGAGGCCAUUAAAGUGUUCUUGGCUCGGGCCUUCAAGGAUGACGAUCAUGACUAUCAGAAAGAACUUGGGGUAUGAGGAUUAACUCACCGGUGGGCAUGAGAUAAGGGGCUCUCCAUAUCUGAUAUGGGGAAAACUAGAAGGAUUUUGUGUUGGAUGGAAAGUUGGCUACUCAGAAAUGGGAGGUUCCUUUCUAUGGGGCAAUGUAUUCAUUCCUGUCCUAGUUCAGAGACUGAGUAGCCAAGAUGUCAAGGGAUGAGAUCCGGCUCCUUAGCAAGGUUGUGUUGUUGGCCAUUGAUUGGAUGCCAUUGGAGCUAGUUGAGUUGAGCUAAGAGGCCCCCAGGAACAUGGAACAACUGGCAACCACUUGGUUUUGUUGGGACGAAAAAGUGAUCCUGUUCCCAAGGGAGGUGUUUAGAAUGAGGAACUCACUGUGGGAGGACCAGUUUGAGGAAAGGACAGAGGGUAGUAGGUGGGCCACCUUUUUCAGGCAAAGUAGACUUGCAGCAGGUCCUGUUAUUUGAGGCCUUAUCCACACACCAUUUGCCCUGCUCUUUCUGAGCCUCCCCACUUAAGCAAGUGGCCGUUCCUAUAUGGGGAAAACUGAAGAGGAUUUGUUGUUGGAAGGAAAGUUUGAGACUCAAAACUGUUUCUUUCCUUUUCCACAGAGGGUAGCAGGUUGAUGCUUGCCCUGGUUCAGGGAAUGACUGGCCAGGAUGUCGAGGAAUGAGACCUGGAUUCUUGGCAUGUGUCAUGAAUACACCAGCUCCCAGGGAAGAAGUGCAGACAGAGGGAGAGGGGAGACAGGAAGAGAGAGGUCUGCAAAACAAAGCUGAGGGAAGAUCAAGUUACAGGGACACAGGACAGGAGCAGAGAGGAGAGCGGGAGAAUUCACAGAAGUUCCGAGUCCUGAAAUGAGGAAGGGGAUAGCGUUGACCCCAUUAGCCCUCACUCUCUCCUAAUCAUAGGACUCCAGAAUCGCCUUCCUCACAAGAAGAGGGUAGGCUGCUUUUGGUUUCGAAGGAAGAAAAACCCCUAGUGGGAACAUCACCAAUGAUGGACGGCAGGCAGAUGUUGCCGCUCUGUGAACCUUGCCCACGGUUUCCAAGACUCCCUGACAGCAUGGUUGUGUUGGCCAUAGAUUGAGUUUGGUUGGAGCCUGUUGAGUUGAGUUGCCCCCAGGAAGGCAGGGCAUCCAGCAGCUGCUUGGUUGUGCAGGGACAAGAAGUUCAAGAAGUUGAUCCUGUUCCCAGAGAGGUGUUUUGAGUAAGCAACUAAUUGUGGGAGUACCAUUUUUUGGAGUGGAACAGAGGUUUGUGGACCAGCUGUUCUCUUCUUCAGGCAAAGUGGAAUAGCAGCAGUCCUGUUAUCCAAGUCCGCUAGUCCUUCUAUUCAUUUCUUCUCCCUCUUAGUUGGCAAAUGGGAAGCCAACCAAUGACAACGAGAUUUGGUUCUGGAGUUUCCAGUUGUUGAUCUGUAGCUAAAGCCACUUCUUCUCACAUCAAGGGCACCUUGGUCACCCCCCUGGGUCUCCAAAUGUGCUUUUUGCACUCGCCCACCUGGUUUUAUACACAAAUGGAUGAGAAGGUUGAAUUAGGGGCCCUCCAGCCUCUUACUCCGAAUAGGUUAAUCUUACAUUGCAUGUUUGGGUUACAUCCUGCUUGCAUUUGUCGACGUUGCUGGGAGGGUUGGCCCAAUGAAAUUUUGUGCUUUCCUGCAGACUUUCCGUUUGAGACAAUGAAGCUUUUGACUCUGGUGAUCCCAUUGUUUUACUUUUCCUUUGGCCUUCUGCCUGGGAAAAGAGUGAACCGUGCCAACAGAUUUGUCCUUGUUUUUAGGAUGCUUAGAGUUUCCAGACUCUCUGGAAUGGGGAAUAUAGGACCAUCCUCUAUUGCUGAAUGUCUGUUCCUAUCUGACGCUAUCUGCUUCUUGCCCAACCCCAGGAGCGGCUGCAAUCCAAACUUUCCGAGUUGUGUUCUCGCAAUGAGCAGGCAUCGUUGGAUCAUUGCCAGGCGGUGCUCCUGGAGCUAUUCCAGGACCUGGAAGAGAAUUUCGGCAAGGGGACCUACUCUGUGGCUGGUGGUUACCUGAAGUUCCUGGAUCACCAGAAGGAAAAAUUGGAACAGUAUCACCUGCUGCCUGGGAAAGGGAUCAUGGUGAGUCAGACUCAAUGGGAGAGCAAUGGGGGAGGGAGGAUGGCAAGGGCCAGAAGGAUACCUCUGAGAAAAAUAACUCCCCCUUUAGCAACCUCAGAAUGUUAUUAUUAGUUAUAUAAUGCCAGAUGUGUACACAGGGCUGUAUCCAACAAAGUGAUAAUGUAAGACCCUAUUCGAGCAAGGAUUAUCGCUGGCACAAUGUGGCUCAAUCACCCCCAUCUCCUUUCCCUGCACCCCCCUAAAUCUAGGGGUCCCUCUGACCCUUCAAAGUAAAUUUGGGGAGAGUGUGGGGUGUUUGUGUGUGGGCGGAGUUGAAUAGAAACAAACAAACAAACAAACAAACGACUUCACUCUCUCUCAGGCUUCCAAGGCCCUGGAAGAAUUCCUGAAAUCCAAAGAGGCAGCAGCACAGUCCAUUCUGCAGGCUGACCGGACCCUCACAGAAAAAGAGAAGGAGCUUGAAGGUGAAUCUGUUCAGGGACAGCUUGUUACGACUCGCAGACACAUAGGCUGCUUCCACACUGGCCAUUUAAUGUGGAAUCGCCACUUUUUGCUCACACCCUUUUUGUGAGAUCUCUGCAGGUGGUCGCGAAGAAAACAUCCCCCUCUCAUGCCUUUGUGGUUUACCUUCAGCUCUUUUCUGUCCCGCCCCCCCCCCACGCAAAAAAGAUAAGAAAAUCUACAUUUUUAAAGUUCAGAAGAAGAGCUGUGUCAUUUCCCAUCCCCAUGUAAUGAAUGCCCCUGCAGGGCAGAUUCAAGAAAUCUCGUCUGGAGUCCUCCCAGUAGAUGGUGGCAGGAGGUAGACUAGAAUAAAUCCGCAGCUUCUUUCGGAAAUUUUAAAUAAAUACCAGCAUGAACUCCCUGCUUGUCUCUUUCUGUGCAGUGGAGCGAGUCCGGGCCGAGGCUUCUGCACGAGAAGCUAAGCUGCAUGAACAAAUGAAAGAGGAGGCCAUCAAGAUGGCCCAGGAGAAAGAGCGGAGUUAUAAGGAGCAUGAAGCACAGUUAAUGGCCAAGAUGGAAGAAGACAGGAAGAAGAUGCAGGCUGAGCACGAGAUGGUGAUGAACAGGAAGCUUGAGGUACUAGAACAGCGCCCUCUAUGGGCAGCCUUGGUCAUCUACACCAGAGGUGGGGAGACUUGGGGCUUGGGGGACAGGUCAUAGCUGUCAACCGUCCCUUAUUUGGCGGGAAACUCACUUAUCCCAGCGCCGUUUCCUGCUGCUGUCCCGGAUUGAUGAUAUCCCGUAAAUUUCCCGGGUUUCAAAGGAAGCAGCUCCUCUCCCUCCCUCCCUGCCGGCCAGGGAGGCUCCAACUGCGUUGCUUGGCUGCGUUGCUCACCCAAUAAGGAGUCUAAGAACGACUUGGGGGUGGAGCUUGCAUGCCUUGUGCCAAUCAAAUCGGCCACGUUGCCUGGGGACUUGCCUUUGCUCAGCGCUUCCCAGCAGAGAGGUGACGGUUGUUUUCCUUGCUGCAUCUCCUUUGCCGGGUUGCUGUGCUGUGGGAACCACUGCUUGAGGCUUCGUUUGGCUGCUGGCUGGGCUUUCUGCCUUUGGCUCGGAGGGGCUCAGAAGUUGAAUAUACCUGUGCUCGGAAUCAGAUGGAUACGUCAUCGAUGGCCCACUCACCCUUGCCGGGGAAAAGGUCUGUCUGGAGUGGGGGCACAUGGGGGGGGAAUCCCUUAUUUUGGCUGCUGAUCCCUUAUUUUCGAGGCUGCUGGUCCCUUAUUUUCAAAUCUGUAAGUUGACAGCUAUGGGACAGGUAUGGCCCCCCAAGGCCUCAGGCUCCUUGGAAUCGCCUUAGGCCUCUUCGUAGCUACAUUUCUUUUUUUAUUUCACUUUUAAUUUGUAUACCGCCUUUCUAUAUAACUAUGCACAAGGCGAUUUACAGCUACAAAACAUACAAUAAAGAACACGGGCCUUGGAAUAAUCUGAUCCAAUACAGAAAGUCAUAAUACAACGUAUCUUUAAAAUGGAACGGCUUAUAUCAAAUUCAGUAAUCUAGUAGAAUGUAAUAAUACACAAUGAAAUUAACUCUCAAUACAUGAGCAAAUAAUAAUUAACAAUUGCAAUGAAUAAUUAAAUUCCUUCCAGUAGCACCUUUGAGACCAACUAAGUUUGUUAUUGGUAUGAGCUUUCGUGUGGACACGAAAGCUCAUACCAAUAACAAACUUAGUUGGUCUCAAAGGUGCUACUGAAAGGUUUUUUUUUUAUUUUGUUUCGGCUACGGCAGACCAACAUGGCUACCUACCUGUAAAUAAAUAAUUACUAAACCAUGACCAAUAAACAUAACUGCAGGUCACAAUGCAUAAAAUGCCACAAUACAUACCAAACCAUGUAAAAGGAUCAAAUUGAGAAAAAAAGGACACACAACUGGUAACAUAAUUAUUAUUUAAAUCCCUAAAUUCCUCGCCUCCCUUCCCACCUGUUAUGGACCCUGCAUUGCAUUCCCCCUUGAGGCUUUUUGCCUGACUAGAAUAUGCCCUUGAACUCUGACACCACUUGCAUAAGAUUUCCAAAUGUUAAUUUACACGGACAGCACCACGUUUAGAAAUAAUAACUGCAGUAGAAAUACAAUACAUCUCGCUCCAGUGAGGAAGGCAGUGACCAGGGGAUCUGCGUGGUUGCUCAGUCUGUUGUCUAGGCAGGGCUGUGCAAUGUAUCGAUACAUCGUCCCAUGUAGGUUUGUAGACCACACCAUGAGAACCUUUUCAAAACGAAUGAGCUGGCAAUUUAUUUCUGAAGCACAGCUUCCAAAACUCCAGGGGGCGGUAUAAUUGUGAGUCAUCUGACAACUGGCUGGCUGCCGUCCCUUUCGGCUCCCUUUCCCCUCCGAUAGCAGAAUAGUCCCGCUCCCAGCCUCAGUGCCUCCCUGCAGCCACGAUAUCUCUACUCGAUGUAGGAAUCGUGGCUGGGCUGCUUCUUCCUUCUCCUCCUCUCUGUCCAGGGAGGAAUGGAAGGAGUUUGCCAUUCAAAGGCAAGGGCUCACCUUCCUCCGAGAGGAGGGAUCCGCAUUGCACAGGGUACAUAGCAAAUAAUAAAUAAAUAAAUAAAUAAAUAAAUAAAUAAAUAAAUAUUUAUACCAUGCCCAUCUGGCUGAGUUUCCUCAGCCACUCUGGGUGGCUUCAAACAGAUUAUUAUUAUUAUUAUUAUUAUUAGUGAUAAAACAUCAAACAUUAAAUACUUCCCUAAACAGGGCUGCUUUCUGAGGUCUUCUAAAAGUCAGAUAGUUGUUUAUUUCCUUGACAUCUUAUGGGAGGGCGUUCCACAGGGUGGGUGCCACUACCGAGAAGGCCCUCUGCCUGGUUCCCUGUAAUCUCACUUCUCACUGUGAGGGAACCGCCAGAAGGACCUCAGAGCUGGACCUCAGUGUCUGGGCUGAACGAUGGGGGUGGAGACGCUCCUUCAGGUAUACCUGCUAAUCUCCAUGACCGCUCUUUCGCCUAAUCUUCGCCCUUCCAUUAUAUAGUUCCAUGUUUCAGACAUUGUGAUAUAUACAGUAUCCUAUUGUUUAGCUGGGGAUACCUUGCGAUGUCAAAAACCAGAUAUCGCCCAGCCCUACAGCCCAGGUGUUGCUGAUGAGCCUCUGCUCCCUUCUUAUGGUUCUUUAUCUUCCCAAUGGAUUUGCACUGGGCAGCCUUUAAACAGAGGACUAUCCUUUAUAUAGCAUAACACACACGGGCACUCUAGACAGCCCUGUGCCCUUUUAUUCAUUCCUCCCAUUCCAGCUGCUUUGUGAGGAACUGGGGCUGACUUCUAUCUUCAUCCUUGCCACUCCCUAGGAGCAGAGGCGCCUUCAGAAGGAAGGGUUUGAGCAGGAAGUCGUAAAGCUUCAACUUCAGAUCCAGGCACUGCAGAAGACGAUGGAGAUGCAGAGAAAUAGUGGUGGCUUCCGGCGUCGCCGCCGCUGUGUAAUUCAAUGAAAACAGCAUCCCUGGAAGUGUCGAUGGGUUGAAUAAAGUGUCUAGAUUGGCCUCAGGACUGUGGAUGGGAGUGCAGCUAGGAAACCAGGGGAUGAACGGAGAUCUACCUUAUGUUACCAUUUAGCUGGUGUUUGCAGUCUGUUUGCGCACAAAGGAACCCCAACUCUGCCUUUUUAAGUCUUUCUAAGGGGUCAUCUACACUUCCACUUGAUCUUUGCCUAUAAAGCACAGGUCUGAGUGGUUUUCCAUUUGCCCCGCUCCUUUCCCAAGGAAAACCUGCUCUUUAGUUCUCAAUCGAAGCAAACAACAAACCCAAAUUGCUCUUUGCACUGAUCGAGCACUAAAGAGCAGUUUCCCCCCACCCCCAGGACAAGGGGAAGUGUGGAUAAGCCCUAACAAAAGAGAAACAUGAAACAGACUGUGACAUGAAGACUCGGCCUUGGGCCAGUCACUGUCUCUCCGCCUAACCCAUGAGCGUAGCCAGGAUUGUUGCUGGGGGGGGGGGAGCAGGACCAAUGUGAUUGGUCAGCUAGUUAAGUAUUUCUAUUGUUUUAUUUGUUUUGGGGUGGGGGGCAGCUGCCCCCUGCCCCCCCUUGGCUAUGCCCAUGACUUUUGAAGGAAAAGUGGGAAAUUAAUGCAAUAUAUAUUAUCAUCUAUUUUUAAAAAAGAAAUGCAUAUUAUUGGUUUUUCAGUGAAGUUGUACUGUUGAAAAAAGGAAGAAAUCAAUAAAGUACAAUUGAACAAACAGAGAUAUCACAUCGUUUUUCCUGUGGAGUAAGAUAUGGGGAGAGAGGGUAUAAAGCCAGUAUAGAUAAUACAGAACAAGAAAAACAGCAGCCAUUCAUGUCAAUUCACAGAGCCACCCCCACAAAGCCAGCAUAUGGAGCAGAGGGCUUUAAAUGUUUGCAGGUGGAAUUAAUGAGAGUCAGAAAUGGAAACCACACGUCUGCAAAUGCAUCUCUUUUAGUUCACUUGCCCUUUGGUUGGCCUCAAAUUAUGAGAAAGCCUCUCCAUCAAAGCCAGAUGCCAGAUAUUAUGACUGUACCAUAUUAUGAGUGUACCAAUUUUCAGUGGAGAAGUCCAAGGGUAUUUUCCUCCCUCCUGCUACUGCCCCCCAAAAGACAGCUAAUGAGAUCCCUGUGAAAUAGUUUAGGACCAACAAAAGAGGAAAGUAGAGUUAGUGAGGGAGACUUUGGAACUGUUUGGGGCUGGGUAUUUUCAGAGACAUGGUUAAAUACAAGGCCCAGACCUGAGCCACAUGGAGUCAAUGCUACCACAUAAGAAAGUUGGAGCCCCAAAUGGACCAUCCGCUCCAGCAAUUAGGAGAGAAAGUGGGGCCCAUAUAGCUCAUGCAUAUCAUUAUCUUGAUACAAUUUGAAUGCAACUCUGGGUGCUGUGGCAGGUUUGGGCUUAAAUGCGGGGAAGCUGAGCUGCAAAUGCGUGCUCAACUGCAAAGCUCCCUUGAAUGGGGUUUCAGAGAUGGUGGUGUAACAGGGAGUCCAUGGAGCAACCCACAAUCGCCUAACCUUGACUCCCAUAGGCUCAGGGUGGGGUCACAAGCAAGCGAUUUCAGCCAGGAGAUAGAAGCAAAACAGCAGCCGGUUAGUCUGAUCUUCAUUGUUACAACAAGACUUUCCGCUACCACAAAAACGAAGCAGCCAGGUCAAUGGUUACAUCCAUAUUUUAAAGUUUCCCAAAGUUUCCCAUAAUACAACUUAGGAUGCAUCAUCAAGACAUCAUAGAUAUGUCACAGAAAAGGUGUGGCCUCAGGUAGAACCUGAGAUCCAGGCAUGCCCCUGUCAAUCAAAUACAGCCUUUCACACUUACCCCAUCACAGUACAGAGAAAUGUAUUUUCAUUAUUUUCACUGCCAUGAUCCUACACUUUGUUGAAGGGAAACUCCCCUCUGGAGUAGAAAUCAUAUACAGUGGUACCUCGGGUUACAUACACUUCAGGUUACAUAUGCUUCAGGUUACAGACUCCGCUAACCCAGUGCUUCAGGUUAAGAACUUUGCUUCAGGAUGAGAACAUAAAUUGUGCUCUGGGGGCGCAGCAGCAGCAGGAGGCCCCAUUAGCUAAAGUGGUCUUCAGGUUAAGAACAGUUUCAGGUUAAGUAUGGACCUCCGGAACGAAUUAAGUACUUAACCCGAGGUGCCACUGUAUUGAACAGAUGGAAAGCUCUUUUAUCUGAGUAGGCUGAAAGAAGAGUAAGGUUACCGUAACUUUCGUCAUAGAACUUCAGUAUGCUGAUGACAACGUAGUGUGGGCACGCUCUGAGGAUGACCUCCAAGCCAUCCUAAAUAUCUUCGCAGCAGCUUAGGAAAAGCUUGGCCUUUCGCUCAACAUCCAAAAAACCAAAGUCAUCCAAAAAAACAACAUCCAACAAGCACAAAACAACCCCUCUGCAGCGCCACAAAUCCAACUCAAUGGUGUAACGUUGGAAAAUGUUGAUCACUUCUCCUACCUGGGCAGUUAUCUUCCCACAAGGGCCAACAUUGAUGCCGAAAUCCAGUAUCGCCAGAGCUCUCAGAGUACAGCUUUCUCCCAAUUGAAAUGCAGAGUGUUUGAGGACCGGGACAUUCGCAGGGAAACCAAAAUGCUUGUUUACAAAGCUAUUGUACUACCAGCCUUACUGUAUGCUUUUGAAACGUGGAACUGAGAAGAUUGAUAAAAUGAGUGAUUUCUGAUGACUUUCUAAAGUUCUCCCACUGAGCCAGCACAUAAAGGUAAAGGUACCCCUGCCCAUACGGGCCAGUCUUGCCAGACUCUAGGGUUGUGCACUCAUCUCACUCUAUAGGCCAGGAGCCAGCGCUGUCCGCAGACACUUCCGGGUCACGUGGCCAGCGUGACAAGCUGCAUCUGGCGAGCCAGCGCAGCACACAGAACGCCGUUUACCUUCCCGCUGGUAAGCGGUCCCUAUUUAUCUACUUGCACCUGGGGGUGCUUUCGAACUGCUAGGUUGGCAGGCGCUGGGACCGAGCAACGGGAGCGCACCCCGCCGUGGGGAUUCGAACCGCCGACCAUGCAAUCGGCAAGUCCUAGGCGCUGAGGUUUUACCCACAGCGCCACCCGCGUCCCCUGAGCCAGCACAUCUAUGUGUGUGUGUGAGCCAGCACAUAGAUACGUUUAAUAGUGAAUUUCUACAUUUGGUAUUGACACUUUCCCUGUUUUCCUUUGUCGUCGGCUCCUGAGCUGAGCUUCCCUUGCAGAUAUGUAUGUUGCUGUUAUUUUCUCUUGACACUAGAGGAUUUGGUUUGAUGGGUUGAAAAGGCAGCGAAAUAGCUCUGCGUGAUAUGUGUACGAGUGAAUGGUAAUGUGCAGCGGAGACUCUUUGUCUUUGCCUCAUGUUGUGGAGAGGCAAGACUCGCGGCGGUGGUGGGGAGGUCUCUCACCUCCCUUCCAAUUUCCCGGUAGCAGUGGGUACAGACGUUUCACUGCGCACACGUGUAGGCAGAAGGCGUCCCCGCCCUUCCUACAGUCCCUAGAGUCCAUGUCACUUAUUCCCAUCUCCCCUUUCCUCCGAGGAGCAAGAGGCGGCAGACCCGGGUCUUCCUCGCUCCGUUUCAUCCUCACAACCCUGUAAGAUCCAGCGCACAAAGCGGUUUAGGAUAAUGACUCGGGAAAGUAGAUCUGGCCUUUGCCACGACCGUGGCAGUGGCGAGAGGAGCACCAGGCAGGCUCCAGAGAUGGGACUUUCCCCCGGGGAGGACGAGGCGAGAUCGCGUCGCGUAUUAAAACGCCCCUCCCCGCAGCAAGCGAAACCGAAAGUACAGCUGCGUGUCGGCGAAGCUUGAGCCGCGGGGUCUCCAGGCAGCGGCUCCUUUGCUGGAUUGUCUCCUCGUCUUCCUGGGGGGAAAUCCUGCGGCUCCCUUGCACUGCUUUCCGCACGAGGACGCGCCUGCCGUGCGCGCCGGAUCAGCGUCCCACAACCAGGUUUGCGUGCCGGGUUCCGCCACUUUAUUUCUCCCUAAGCUUCCAAGAAAGGAUUGCGUAACGCGUCGGAGGAAAAGGAGGGGUGAGUUUGCGCGGAGGAGUGAAGGGGGGCUGGGGAGGGAGUCUUUUUGCUUUGUCUUUUUUUUAAAAAAAAAAACAUUUUAAACAAAUAAAACAACACACUGCACAAACAAUUACGAUAAACCACAAUCUCUUCUGUAAUGCAUUUGUAUCCGGAGGGUGGUGGUGGUGAAAAUAUUUGGAAAACCAAACAAGCUAUGAUUCAGCCAGUCCCUCCCAAACAAAGCCAGGCACAGAGCUGUUAUUGUAGCGAAAUGUUUUGGGAGGCAGCCAAGGUUUUAUUUUUAGUUCUGUUCCUCUGCAGGUCCUCUGCUGGGAGCUGUAACUCUGUGAGGAGGAGAGGAGUCUCCUAACAGAAGCCAGCCCCAGCCCCCUAACAGGCUACAGCUGUUUGGGAAGUCAUGGCUGUUCAAAAGGGCAUUCAGUGGUGUAGUAGAGCCCUUAAUUGGCCCCAAAGCAGCGUGAUACACCAUUUGCACUUGGGGAAACUGGGCUCCACCAAAUGAAGGAAGUCGGGUUUUCUGAGCCCUGAAAGAAUAAAAGGGAAAACAAGAGAGGGAGGUGUGUUGCUCUAUGAAGUACAGAUGACCUUUGAACAGUGAGUAAAAUAUGGCUGUUUCACAGUGACUGUCCAGUGUGGAAGUGGAAUGUAUUAACCUUGAAAAUGCCCAAACCUCUAACCAGCUACCUGCACCAUCACUCCAGCCAUCUUUGGCAGCAGCAUCUUGAAGUAUUCUUCUUCCUGUUCUUGACAUUCAGUUCCCCGUGCUAGAGUUUUGGGAGGGGAAAUCCCUGAUCAGGACUUUGUGCAGAGUAGGAAUCGACAAGCUCUCCACAACAAGAAAGAGUGCCGAAGUUCUACUGCAGUCUCUUAACUUGUUACAAAAAAAGUUGCAAAUACAAAUCAACACAUUGCUCUUAAACAACUAGCAAUGCAGUCUAAUUAUAUAUAUUUUUUAGGUUCUCACUUGUUAAUACAGUGGUACCUCGAGUUAAGUACUUAAUUCAUUCCGGAGGUCCGUUCUUAACCUGAAACUGUUCUUAACCUGAAGCACCACUUUAGCUAAUGGGGCCUCCUGCACCACCGGAGCACGAUUUCUGUUCUCAUCCUGAAGCAAAGUUCUUAACUCGAGGUACUUUUUCUGAGUUAGAGGAGCCUGUAACCUGAAGCAUCUGUAACCCGAAGCAUAUGUAACCCGAGGUACCACUGUACAGAUAAAGAACUAUUCUCUUUCUCAAUAAGCUGGCAGCUUCUGAGAGAGACCCAGACUGCCAAGGAUGAGUCACCAAUUAAAAUAAACACUGAAAAUAAUUUUCCAUCCCCUUGUUGCAGCUAUAGCUGCAAAAACACUUUUUUCUUUUUUCCUUUAUUGCACUUGUACAAUUUUCUGCAAAAGAAACAUCCUGCAAAUGCAGACCACUAAGUUUCAUACACAAUGCACACAAACGUAGCGUUUUGUGAGUGUUAAACUUAUAUCCUUUGCAGCCUACAGAUUCCUCAGUGUCCCCGGUCUCCUUCCUGGCCUGGUUUUGGCUAGAGCUCAGCCAAGCAGCAUGGAAGAGCCAAUGUGCCUGAUCGAGAACAACCCCAAAGAACAGCUGCGGGUCAACCAGGAAGCCCUGAAGAUCUUGCAGAGCAUCCAGCAACCUGUGGUUGUGGUGGCCAUCGUGGGACUGUACCGUACUGGCAAGUCCUACCUCAUGAACAAGCUGGCAGGAAAGGAAAAAGGAGGUAGGAACAUAAGACAUACUUUUGUGGGAUUGGGUAUGGCCCACGGCAUUUAACUGCCUGUGGCAGUAAAGCAAAUGGUUCCCCCCCUCCCGGCUGUUGCCCCAUCCCCAAGUUAAAUUAUGUAAUACUCAAGUCUAGUCAAGUGAUUUUGGUAUUUGAAGCAGAAACUCCUCCAAGCACAUAGCAGAAACCACUGCCUGUUCAUGACACCCAAAAUCUGCUGCCCAAGGUGACGUUCUCACUCUACCUAACAGUAGGACUGGCCCGUAUAUUUGCUCUGUGAGCUGGCAUUCAGGUCCUUCUUGCAGACUUGCAGGAGAGUUGCUUGCAGGUAUCUGAUUGGCCACUGUGAGACUAGAAUGCUGGACUAAAUGGGCCAGGCUUUCCUUAUGUUCUUCAGUGCAGUGACGCCUUUCCCAUUGACUCCCAUCUCUUUUCCCCCCCUCAGUACAAGAGGAGCUUACGCUCUUGACCGAUUUAUUUUAUUUCAACCAUUUGUAUGCCACUUAGCACAGUGGUUUGUAAGCGGUGUAGAAGGGAUGUUACAAAAAGAUACAAUCAAAUCAGUUUAAAAUAACCCCAGAUCAUUCUGCUGGAAUAAGAGGCAUUGUCACUGAGUGCCAGAAGUUCAACAGGGAGGGGGGAAUUGUCUGCCCUCAGCCUGAAGGAAGUUCCAUAUAACUGAACACACAGUUCCCAGCGGAUAGGAGCAGUGUGUCUGAGCUAUUGGGGGAACCUCUCACAGUGAGUCCAGCAAAAAUCUCAACGAUCAGGCAGGGAUAUAAGGAACCACCAGAAGUCCUUGGUGGUGGAUCUCAGUGUCCGGGCAGAACGAUGGGAGUGGAGAUGCUCCUUCAGGUAUACUGGGCCGAGGCCGUUUAGGGCUUUAAAGGUCAGCACCAACACUUUGAAUUGUGCUUGGAAAUAUGCUAUGCUUUGAACACGGACAUCUAUGUGUGAGCAGAUACUCCUGUUUUCUGUACUACUAGGAUUCCCGUGCUCUCUGGGGCUGUGAUAUCACCUAUACCCUCAGUGCAUGUGUGGACAUCCCUGACGGGGUUUGUACGCUAUGGGCUCUGGGACCAGGAGGCGUGGGGUUGCUCUGACCUCCACAUCCUCAUCUAUAGGCAUGGAAAACUGCUCUAAAAAGUGUACCCAAAACAGUUAAGGCAAUUUCACACUACCCAGAAACCUGAGACUUGAUACACAUGAUGCCUAAGGCACCUUGAUUUACCAGCAAGUCAGAAGUGUUGACAUUGUAUGUUUUCGUUGGCAGUGGUUGAGAAAUUGCAGAGCUGCGUGCCUCACCGCUUCUGUCCUUCCCAUUUCUACCCUGCCCGCUACAGGUUUCUCUCUGGGAUCCACAGUGCAAGCAGCCACCAAAGGUAUCUGGAUGUGGUGUCGCUCACAUCCCCUGAAGCCUGACCACACCCUGGUGCUGUUGGACACGGAAGGGCUGGGUGAUGUCGAGAAGGUGAGUUAGGGGUGGGGCAGCCAGGAUAGCUCACCAUGGAGCCCUUACCUGCAAGAGGACUUCAGAGAUCAGGGCCAUUCCCUAGUCAGCAGGAGCCACACUAGGAUUCAGUGGGAACAGGACAGCACCCCAGGGGCCCCAAAGGGUGGAGAGAUUUCUAAGAGAUCUGAGAUUUCUGACAAAAAAAUUGCCAACGUUCACAUUCUUGUCCCAUGCCAGGAGUGGAAAUCAAUGGAUAUGACCCAUACUGAAAUGAACAGGGUGAAUAGUGACAAUGCAACUUGCUUACUUGAUGCAAUUUCCAUAAUCAAUCACACAAAUUGUGUAAGUUGCGGAAUUUUGCUGCAGCAGACAGCCAGACAAAUAACUGUGUUUGGCAAAAGAUGAACUGCAGUGGAAUGGAAACAGUGCUGUGUAUGACACAUAUGGUUUAUGAUGCCAUCUUACGCCCCUAGUGGAGACCUCGGUCCAGUUCUAGUGCCUUGUUGCCCUGGAGUUUUAUGCUCACCAUGCUCCUUUGCAGAGCAACCCUGAGAACGAUGCGUGGAUCUUUGCCCUCUCCAUUCUGCUUAGCAGCACCUUUGUCUACAACAGCAUGCACACCAUUGACCAGUAUGCUCUGGAGAAACUGCAGUAUCUUUUUGUAAGAGUGCUCCCUGGCAGAAACACGGGUUAGUGAAGUGUGUGGGAAUCCCAAUGCUGUGUUGUCUCAUCAGGCCCCUGUCAGGUGUGACAGUGAGGGCUCCAGGGUCCUUAAAUGAGGGGCAGGAGUCUUUUUAAGUGAAGUCCGAAAGGGCUUCAAAUGAAGGAGCUGGAGGGGGAGAGAGCAGACUUCUCAGAAUGACGCAGGACCUUGUAGAGGGGUCAUUGUAGAAUUAGAAUUUGUUGAGCUUUAUGGAAUUGGGAACGUCUGUUAGAGGGAUUAAGAGACUCUUAAAUUAUACUAGUUCUGUUUGUACAGUCUCCUUCCUCUCCAGUUUGCCGAGCAACUUUAAGUAAGGUAUAGCUAUAAGUUAAAAACCAUUAUUAAAAGAUGGGAGAAAGGAAAAAAUGGGACAUACUGUAUAGGAAAGAUCCAUCAAAGGGGAAAAAAGACUGGGGUCCUAUUUUGCUGCAUGUUUUGAUGGUGUGAGGAUUCCAGCUUAGUGCAGUAAGUGAAAAUGCUAAGCCAUUCCAAGUCAGGGUGAUUUCGAUUUCUGUGAGGGCAAAUUCAGGUUUAAAAGAAAGGCACAUGGUGCCAUUUCACUGCACAAUUCAAUGAGAAGUAAAAUGACUUGCACCAGAGAACCCUGGGAAAUGUAGUUUGGUGUUGGGGGGAUUAGACUUCUCCCUUGGCACAGGCUUGGCCAACCUGUGGUCCUCUAGAUGUGGCUGGACUACAACUCCCACAUCCCUGACCACUGGCCUGAAUCCCCAUCCCUGAAUAAAAACUGAAAGGGAGAGAGUCAGCUGAGAUUCUCAAGGAAGGACAUUACACAGCCUUGGUGCUGCUACUGAGAAGGCCCUGUCUGGUGCCCCAGUCAAUUGUGUCUCUGAAGGGGAAAGGAAACAGAACCUGACUUCUGGUGAUGAUCACAGAAAGGUAGACAGAGGAUACCAGUAUAGAUAUCACAGACACAAAACAUUGUAAGGAGGGACUGUUGAGAAACUAUUAUUCUAUUUUGGGAUGGGGGUGGGGAAACAUGACUCAUUUCCUUAACUCAGUCCACAGCUACGUGUCUGAAUUAACUGAACAUAUCAAGGUGAAGACAUCGGCCAGGCAGAACAGUAACAGAUAUGAUGAGAUGCCUGAUGACUUUGCCUUCUUCUUCCCAACCUUCAUCUGGACUGUUCGGGAUUUCACACUGCAGCUCAAGCUCGAUGGGUGCCCUAUUUCAGAGGACGAGUAUCUGGAGCACGCACUGAAGUUGAAGAAAGGUGCUGUGGGGAGCUUUCCUUGCUUGAAAAGAUUGGGCCUUGCUGCUUUUGAAGCGGAGGCCUAGUAGGGUUGCUUGUAAAAACAAAACCUGAAAGUGGUUUACAAAAAGAAUGCAACGGUGACAUUACCAGUACAAUUAUACAGUUUAAAACUGCAUUGCAAGGGGGUUGAACUAGAUGCCUUCCAAUUCUACAAUUCUAUGAUUCUAAAAAAGGUUCCUAACGUGUUUUUUAGAAGUACUUAAAAUCCACAAUAAGAUAAAAACCAUAUUAAAAAAAAAACACAUGUCAACAUUCUGCAGGUCUGGAUAGGCUUGUCCAAGGAAAAAAUGUUUUAGCAGGUGCCGAAGAGAGCAUGUUGUUGUUUAGUUGUUUAGUCGUGUCCGACUCUUCGUGACCCCAUGGACCACAGCAUGCCAGGCACUCCUGUCUUCCACUGCCUCCCGCAGUUUGGUCAGACUCAUGUUUGUAGCUUUGAGAACACUGUCCAACCAUCUCGUCCUCUGUCGUCCCCUUCUUCUUGUUCCCUCCAUCUUUCCCAACAUCAGGGUCUUUUCCAGGGAGUCUUCUCUUCUCAUGAGGUGGCCAAAGUAUUGGAGCCUCAGCUUCACGAUCUGUCCUUCCAGUGAGCACUCAGGGCUGAUUUCCUUAAGAAUGGAUGCGUUUGAUCUUCUUGCAGUCCAUGGGACUCUCAAGAGUCUCCUCCAGCACCAUAAUUCAAAAGCAUCAAUUCUUCGGCGAUCAGCCUUCUUUAUGGUCCAGCUCUCACUUCCAUACAUCACUACUGGGAAAACCAUAGCUUUAACUAUACGGACCUUUGUUGGCAAGGUGAUGUCUCUGCAUAGGGAAUGUGAUUGCCCGAUGUCAGUAAGCAAGGCGUUCCAAAGUAUGGGUUCUGCCACACUAAGAGUGAUUUCUUGCCAAUGUGGACCUGGUAUUGCAUGGCAGCUGUGCCAGUUAUGCGGAUCAAAGCAGUCAAGUGAGCAAAUACAGUGGAACCUUGGGUUACGUUACCCUCAAGUAAAGUCAACUUCGGGUUGUGAAAGUGGCAAACCCGGAAGUGUUUCACCGCUCGCAUGCGCAGAAGCGGUCUCUCUGGUUGCGAAAACUUCGGGAUACAGCAGGACCUCCGGAACAGAUCCCGUUCACAACUGGAGUUACCACUGUAUAUGGUGUAAGGCAGCCUUGCAGGUAAAUGGUCCCAAGCUGUUGAAACACUUUAUACUAACAGUAUUGUGUGUAAUUUGAUUCUAUAUUAGAUGCCCCCGAAAAGCAAGACCUUCCUAAGAAAUUCCUGCGGCAGUAUUUCCCCAACCGCAAGUGCUUUGCCUUUGAAUGCCCAGCCUCACGGAAAGACUUGGCCGUCUUGGAAGACCUCCCGGAAUCGAGGCUGAGCGCAGAGUUCGUGAAGCAAACGCACUGUUUCUGCAACUACAUUUAUGAGAACGCCCAGGCCAAAGUGAUCCAGGGAGGGCACUUGGUGACUGGGACAUGUGAGUGGAAGCAGGGGAAAAUAUAUUGAAAAGGCUUCUGGAAUAUUCCAGAUGCAGCAGGGGUUGGGCCUCUUUGGCUCAUCAGGGUUCCAUUUUGACUUAUGAGGCCAUUUUUUCCAAAACCAUAACCGCCUGUCUAUUAGCUAAUAUCGGUCCAAUGCAUGUGUGACAUCAGCUGUUGGGUGAGGGGGGGGGCAGUUCUAUGUUGGCUGCUCAUACCAGUUCUCCACACAAAAAACUGGCCCACGCAUCCAGUACAGCAGGAUUAGGGCUAAUCCUGCUCCAUUUUUCUUUAGGGAACUCACCCAUGUAGCCAGAGCAAGGAGGAUUUAACCCUCAUUCAUCAGGUGAUGAGUGGGGAGUUCAAUCCUGCUCGGUUUGGCAGGAUCACAGCUUCCAUUGAAACAAAGUCCCCCUGUCCCCUCACUUUAGCAGUGCCUUUCUUCCUGCAAGAGGCUUUGAAGUCUGAACUUCAGAGCACCAAAUCGAGUGACGUUAUUGUGACGCCAGGUGAUGGUCAAGUGGGUUGCCCUGCCCACUUCUCACAUUUGGUACCAAAGGUCAGUUCUCAUAAGAAUGUGGCCCAUGAAGCCAAAGAAAAUUCCCAGUCCAAAUGCGGGUCUACUCAGAAGCAAGUCCCAUUGGAUUUGAGGGAGUCACUCGCAAGUAUAGAGGGGAUUUUAAAAAAUCUUUUUAUUUCGUGCAAGAGGCCAAAAUUUAGACAUUAGUUUUUUGGAGAAGAUUCUGAUGUUCUGUUUAAAAAAACAAAAAAAAACCCUCUGGAUUUUAUGAAAUAAAACAGCUGUUGCCUCCUUGAGUUCCCUGGAUGAAGAAAGACAGAAAGUUAAUGAAAUAAAAUAGACAACUGAGUUAGCCUGCCCUUGUCCUCCUCUCCCUUUUGCAGCCCUGGGGAGCCUAGUGGAGACUUAUGUGGACUCCAUCCGCAACGGAUGUAUGCCUUGCAUCGAGAACGCUGUGGUGGCCUUGGCUCAGAUCGAGAACCAGGCUGCCAUGAAGGAUGCUCUGAACCGCUAUGAGGCAAUGGUCGACCUCAUGUUGAGUUCUCCCACUGAGGACGUCGCAGAGGUUCUGCAAGUGCACGCUGUUUGCGAAGAGGAGGCCAUUCAAGUGUUCCUGGCCCGUGCCUUCAAGGACGAUGACCAAGUGCACCAGAGAGAAUUAGGGGUACAGGAUUCUAUGUCUCUCGUGGGACUAGGAUGUUGGCCCUAUUGGUUGGUUUCCUAAGUUCAAAGAGCCUUUUCUGUCUGCUGCAGAACUCCUGUGCAUCCCAGCAAAUCCUGGAGCAUGUUCUAAGGCAGGGAGAGCCAAUGUGGUAGCCUUCAGAUAUUUUGGACUCUUAGUUCCCACCAUUCCUGACCAUCUCCCAUUCUGGCUAAGGAUGAUGGUAGGUUGGGAGUCCAGCAACAUCCGGAAGGGAACAUAUUGGCUGUCCUGGUUCUAAGCAUAGGAUGCUUCUCAGGCCUUUUGGACCACAUUCUUGCCCUGAGUAAAUGGGGGGGGGGUAUCUUGGACAACAUUGAAGACUCUUCUGUGACUUCAAGUUACAGGGGAGGAUUGGCAGUGGUGGAGAAGCAGUAUUUCAGGGAAGCUUGUCCCCCCAUUGAUCUCCUUUUUAAAAUAAAAUAAAAUACUUUUUUGAUAUUCCCCCCCAUUUUUAACAAAAGGAGAAAUCGUAUCUUAAUCUGAGUUGUCCCCCUAUCAUGUUCAUGAGUAGGGAUGGAUUAACCUGUCAAUUUUGGUUUCUGUCAGUUGCUCGUUUUUCCAAUCUUAAAUGGGAAAAUCUCAUUGAGUUUCCAAGGAACAGUAGGGUUGCCCGGAAUAUCAUCUGAAAUUGCUCCAAUUAAUAUCUGGGCCCGAUUCAGAAAGAUUGGUUGGAGAUUUUUACCCAAGUUUAGGAUGAACCAGCUUAGAUGGCAGACGGUGAAAAUCUGGGUUAUUGGAAGGAGUGGACCACCUAUGAACUGCCUUGGUCAGCUGGACCAGCAAAGAGGUUCAGGGUUGGAGAACUCCUGGAACAGGGGAUAACAGGCUUUUCUUUAUUAGGGAACAUCUGCUUUAUCUGACUCUGCCCACCUCUCUCCUCCAGAGGCAGCUACAAGAAAAACUUCAAGAGUUGUGCACUCGCAACGAGCAGGCAUCAUCAGACCGUUGCCUGGCUGUGCUCAUGGAGCUAUUCCAAGAAAUGGAGGAGAGGAUUAGCAAUGGGGAAUACGCAGUGCCUGGUGGUUAUCAAAGGUUCCUCGAGGACCAGAAGAAAGUAGUGGAGAAAUAUCACCAGGCACCUGAGAAGGGAGUAAUGGUAUGUUGGUCAGCAACCUUGGCUUCUUGGGUUAAAGUUAGAGGAUUACCAGUUCACAAUAAAUAGCCAUCUGGAAGUGCCCAGAGGUGUCUUUUGUGAUUCUUCUCCAAGUUCCAAAUGAGCCACCUCAUUCUCCCCUCUUCAGGCUUCCCAGGCCCUGCAAGACUUCCUGGAAUCCAAGGAGACAGCUGCCCAGUCCAUUCUGCAGGCUGACCAGACCCUCACGGACAAACAGAAGGAGCUUGAAGGUAAGCGCCUGUCCAGUAGGCUUUGUUUGCCUUGAAGACAUACUGGCCCCAACAGGCCAUUGUAGCUGCGAAAAUAUGGCAACACAGUAAACAAUGGAUUGUUUCUACAGUCAUACCUUGGGUUGUGAACAUGAUCUGUGCGGGAGGCACGUUCGCAACCCGCAGUGUUCGCAGCCUGAAGCGCUGCGUGGUCCGCAACCCAAAAACGCACAACCGUAUUCGUAACCUGAGGUAUGACUGUAAUACAGAGUGCACCCAGUGAAGUUAAUGAAGAAGAGGAGGAGUUUGGAUUUGACAUCCCACUUUAUCACUACCCUAAGGAGUCUCAAAGCGGCUAACAUUCUCCUUUCCCUUCCUCCCCCACAACAAACACUCUGUGAGGUGAGUGGGGCUGAGAGACUUCAGAGAAGUGUGACUAGCCCAAGGUCACCCAGCAGCUGCAUGUGGAGGAGCGGGGAAGCGAACCUGGUUCACCAGAUUACGAGGCUACCGCUCUUAACCACUACACCACACUUAAUGAACCUAAGUUAGUCAUGUCUGUUAAGUUCAAUUGGUCUACUCUGAGUAGGACCAGCAUUGGACACAACCCACUAAGACUCUGUGUAGGCACAGUGGUAGGUACUCAUUAUCCCAGACGUUCUUGUCCUAAAAAGUUGUGUGAAACAACCUGUGUCGCUGUAUCAAGCAUCUCCCCAAGUAGUCUGUUGCCGCUUGAGUUGUUCCACCUCAGGUGAUGCCAGCGCUGCGUUUUUGGGCUGGACCAGCCCUGAAUGCAACUGCCCUGAAUUCCCAGCUACUCCUCCUACUGUGCUGUUCUCCAUCUGGGAGCAGGUUCUGCACCUGGCAAAAGUGGAAACUGCAAGGCUCCACCCCCUUGAGGUGCAAAAGACAGGAGGACUCCAGCAUCUUAGGUAGUUCUGCAGAACCUGCUCUCAGGUAAGGAACAGUGCGGUUAGAGGCAUAGCUGGGAACCUCCGCCGGCAGAGGCAAUAUGUUUCUGAAUACCAGCUUCUGGGGUUCACAAGUGGGGAAAGUGCUGUUGUGGUCAAACCCUUUUUGUUGCCUUUGUAUAAGCAUCUGGCUGGCCCUCAUGAAAAGAGUUUGCUGGACUAGGUGGGCUGCUGACCUGGCUAAAGCACCCUGCAGAGUCGGAGGAGGGCUCCCAGGAGUUCGGAUAUGCAGGAAUUCCAAAGAAAGAUGCCCAAACCAUCAGAACGAUCAGGUGUAACAACUUAUUAAGGAAGGGUUCAAACCUGGAGCAAAAGUCUGACAGCUCCCUCCGCCCCCCUGCUCACACCAUUCCAUGGGAUGGACUGCAGCAAGGAGAUGGCUUGUCUGCACCCAAGUAAAGAUACACACAAUCUUCAUGGGCUCAGUGCUCUAAACCACUGGGCCUCUUGGGCUUGCCGAUUGGAAGGUUGGCGGUUUGAAUCCCAGUGACGGAGCAAGCUCCCACUGCUCUGUCCCAGUUCCUGCCAACCUAGCAGUUCGAAAGCACGCCAGUACAAGUAGAUAAAUAGGUACCGCUGUGGCAGGAAGGUAAAUGGCAUUUCUGUGUGCUUGGGUUUCCGUCAUGGUGUCCUGUUGUGCCAGAAGAGGUUUAGUCAUGCUGGCCACACGACCUGGAAAGCUGUACCUUUACAUCACAUGGAAACACAGGUGCCUAGUAUUAACCAUUGCCUGGGGUAUCUUGGGAACACAAGUGGGUGGUAUUAACCAUACCUCCCCCUCUAGCUAUGCCUGGGGCCUGUGGAUACAUCAAAGCAUGUGAAGCACACAUGUUCUCAGUGCUGCAGCUGCUACCGAUUAGGCAGGGGUCAUCUUGACCAUCAAUAUGCAAAGUUUCCAGACCAGCUUACCUUUCAGUUCAACACACCACGCCUGAUCCAGGAGGCUGUUCUUAUGUUCUUCAUUACAGGAGGACACUUCAUUAAGUGUUGCUUGCAUGAAGAGCAACACCUACUUAACAUUACCUCUUCCACCCAGAUAAUGUGCAGAAGCCCUGACCUGUAUCUGCCCACCUAAAUUACAGGCCACUCUAAAGAGCAGGGCUCAUUGCAGAGCAGGGAAUGGGAUGGCUGUGACCUUCUGGAGGUGGCUGGACUGCAUCUCCUGUCCCUCACUAAUGGUCACAUUGGCUGAGACAUGCUGAAGACCCAACGGAUAUCUGGAAGGCCCCCUCUGUUCUACAGCUCGAAAAACAUCACCGGUGGGAGAAGACAUUCCUGCUAAUUGUGUUCCUCCCCCACUAUAGUGGAGAAAGCCAGGGCUGAGGCCGCCAGGCGGGAAGCCGAGCUGCAAAAACGGAUGCAAGAACAGGCCGAGCAGAUGAUCCGGGAAAAGGAUCGGAGCUAUGAGGAGCACAAGCGCCAGUUGUUGGCCAAGAUGGAUGAAGACAGGAGGGCCCUCCUGGCUGCGAAUGAGAGACUGUUGAACCAGAAGCUCCAGGUAACAGCCCUUCUCUGCUCCCAUGUUGUUUGCUUUUCUUAAAAAUGAGGUUUCAAUACAUGCAGUGCCUUAUGUGUAGGUCUCAUGAUCAGCAAGGGCACACCAGUAAGUGGAGCUUAAGAGGGCCCUCUAAAACUGGUGUUUCAUUGUAUUCUGCGACAUGUUCUUGACACAAUGGUUAGUGCACUAGGGAUGGCUAUAUUAUUCUACAGGCCCCAUUCACACCAUGCAUCGAAAGCCCCUGUGAUACCACUUUGAACAGGCCCAGCUUCCUUCAAAGAAUGAUGGGAGCUGUCAUUUGGUUAAGGAUGCUGAGAGUUCUUUCAGAGGCCCCCUAUUCCCCACCCCAGAGCUAUAAUACUCAAAAGUUCCAUGUGAAAAGGGAUUGAUUAUUCAACCCCUCUGGAAGCACCCUUCAUCUUGCUUCCUUGGCUAGAGAGUGGAGCAUGUGUAGAAGCUAGCCUACUGUCAGACACAGGUCUCCGUUGUUGGUGAAGUUGACUCUUCAAGGAAACGAAUAUGCAACUUGGCCUCGUGAUCUCAGCAACACUCCCCAGUAGGUCUUGCCCCAUGGAAGGGUUGCCAGGACUGAAGGUCCCUGUCUUCCACCCUCUCUAAGGCUGCUCCUCCUCCUGGAUGUUUCCUAAGCAGUCUCUAACUGCAUUGGCAUGCCUCUGGCCUCUGCUCAGCCCAUCUUGGAGACAACUGGAGCCCAUCUCAGAGGCAAGUGGAGAGGGGAGUUUGUCGCAGCAGGAGAGGGAGACUUCCUGGGUUCUUCAGCAGUCCCUUGACCCACCCCCGCUCCUCUGCUUCAGCCUCAGAGUCUGAACUGCUCCCUGUCAGGUUCUUCCUGCUCACUAAAACCUGUGCCCCUUCAGCAUCUGACACCUUCUCCUGCCCAGCCAGUCCCUGACACCUACUAUACAAGGCAACAAAAUUUACAUGAAUUGCUCCAACCACUUUUGCUUCUGCCCCCUCCCAUCACUGACAUGUGCUCUCUGGAAGAUGGUCCAGAAGGAAAUGUGACCCUCUUUGCUUCAUGGGCAGGGGAUGAAACAUGUUUUUGUUUGUUCCUUGAAAACUUCCAUGGAUCCUGGGAUCUGCUGGGAGCUGGCAGCUCUGGGUUCUGUUGUAGCCCAGUUCCAUCUGUUUUGUGAUCCUCUAUGCUUCCCCCCCCCCACAAAAUAUGUUACAAUUAACAGAUGCUGACUUUGUUAUGCAUCUCUCCACCCGCUUCCUCUGACAGGAGCAGAGGCGUCUUCAGCAAGAAGGGUACCAGCAGGAAUUCUUAAAGCUACAAUCUCAGGUCCAGAGCUUGAAGUCUCAGAUACAGCAACAGAGGAGUCAGAAAAGAAGAGGAUGUGUGAUCUCUUGA